AUGGCCUCUCUCCAAGCUCUCUCCAGCUGUGUACUCCUCCUGCUCGUCCUAGACGCGUGCAUGGCCUCCAGCAUGCUGCAGGACAAGUGCGAGAGUUUCGCCGCCGGCGACCGGAGCAGCUACGACUACUGCGUCAGGACGUUGCAGCGCGACAGGGCCAGCGCCACCGCCGACGAGCGCGGCCUGGCUGCCAUCGCCGCGAGGAUCGCCAGGGCGACGGCCAAGGCCACGGGCUCCAAGAUCGCCGCGCGGCAGGGCUACGAGACGGUCCCGGCGCGGCGUGACUGCCUGGCUGCGUGCGCCUUGGAGUACGCCGCCGCCGUGCGCCGGCUCGGGCGCGCCGCGAGGGACGCCGCACGGGGCAGGGACUUGCAGCGGGUGCAGACGCUGCUCGCGGAGGUGACGGGAGCGCCCGCGCGGUGCGACGGCGCGUUCAAGGCCGCUGGCCAGUUCUCGCCGCUGGCCGGCGCGGACCUCGGGCUAGACGACGAGGUCGAGUUGGCGAUCGCCCUCUUGUCGACGCCGCCGUCGCCAACCAGGGCGUGA